UUUAACUUACAGAAGGGCGACAAUGGAGAAAGCUCUAUUCUGAUAAUCUUUAUAUUUUUGAACUUCAUAUUCCUUAGUUAAACUCUCUUGGCUCCUUGGCAAAAUGGAAAAUCGGGUGGGGUUCAGAUUCAUUCCUACCGACGAGGAGAUCGUAGACCAUUACAUCAGGCUCAAAAAUCUAGGUGGUUCCACCAAUAGCCAUGUAGAUGAAGCCAUUAGUACAGUCGAUAUAUGUAGCUUCGAUCCUUGGGAGUUGCCUUGCAAGUCACGGAGGGAAUCGAGAGAUCAGGUUUGGUAUUACUUCGGUCGGAAGGACAACAGAGGAGAGAGACAGAGCAGGAAAACCAAGUCUGGUUUUUGGAAGAAAACGGGUGUUACGAUGGACAUCUUCCGAAAGAGAGGAGAUCGCGAGAAGAUUGGUGAGAAAAGGGUUUUGGUGUAUCACUUGAGCGGUUCCAAGUCUAAAUCUGAUUGGGUUAUGCAUGAAUACAUCGCUACCUUCUUGCCUCCUACUGUGAAUCACAGGAAACUUGAAGGAGAUGAAAUAUUUCUUUAA